GCUGGGAAUAUAGUUGAAAUGCGUUUUGCCAUAUUCAUUGUCAUUGUUUCCAAUGCUUUUCAAUGGUGGUAAAUUUAUCUUCCCUGGAACAGUAGGGGGUAGCAGUACUUAAUAAUAAUAACCAACUCGGUGACUAAGUUAUUUUACUACGUCGUAAGCAGCUGAGCAGGAAAGUCUGUAACAUCCUUGCAACUUCGUCACAACUUCUUCAAUUCUACAAUUCACAAAAAUCCACUUCCACAAUUAAGAAUCUUCAAAAGCAGCGCUCCACUGUAACACUUUGCAACUGAAUACCAGGUAUCCAAAGUAAGACACUUUCAUAACAAACUAACUUCAAGACCACUCGUUCUAUAUGGCUCAACGAGAUAUGCAUAUCAAAAGACCAAUGAAUUGUUUUAUGCUCUGGAGUCGGGAGAAAAGAUGCGAAAUUCUUAAGAAGAAUCCAGGUAUACAGCGAAGUAUUCCUUAUGUAGACAGCCUUGCCUUAUAUAGUGCCUUUUGUGCUAUUAUUUCGUCAUGGUAAGAUAAAAUCCAUAUAAGUGUUAUUAUACAGAACACUAGAAUACCUGGAGAAUUAAAUCCUGCGGUAUUUGGUAUCGCGGCAGAGUAUAACACUGCGGUAAAUUAUAAUAGGAUAGGGUUAGUACAAAACUUGAAUCCUUCAAAUUGGAAACAAAAUUUCAAGGCCUUGAAAGUCCUUGAGUUUAUAAAGAAGUGCUUGAAAGUCCUUAAAUUGUUCUUGCUUUAGUGGAUAUUUGCUGAAAUUGUUUGGCAUUAAGAACGGACAUUUUGCAAAUUGAUUCUGUUCAUGUCUUACAGAGGUCUGUUUGAAAUUCAUUAAAGUUGCCGUUUAAACAGUUUAAUUAACGUCACUUUUAACUGAUUUCUAACGCCUUCUUUUCAGUCCUUUAGUCCUUGAAUUUCCUGAUAUAUGGCCUUGGGGAUCCUUGAAUAUAUACUCCUUGAAUUCAACUCUUCCUGACCGGUAUACGAACCCUGAGUUUUCAAGGAUAAAAUUCUGGUCAGAAUAGCGAGACUAUAACAACUGUGACAGCAAUACCCCGUGUCCAUUAUCAUCAUCCAUUUCUCUCGUAAUUGCCCCUGAUUGACUUAUUUAAACGAUCUUAAUUAAGAAGUCUCUCAUAUAGACAGAAAUGAAAACACGAGCGAUCAGAAACAAACAAACAAAAUGCUUUCACGACUUACUGAAUAUAGGCCGAGAUUUAGGCACCAAAGUAGAUAUCUCAUGAUCUCCAAGCCUCCUGAAUCUGUGACCGCUUGUAGUAAGGAUGCAGAUUGAGAUACUGGUUUGGAAAAGUGUCAUGAUGUUAAGAAAACUAUAAGUAAGAAUACAACCAUGGCAGGUUUAAAAGACAAUGAAACUAUUUUGAAUCUCAAUAUGCAGGCUAAUAGCCACUUGAAUGCGGAAGAAAAACGCAGCAAAUUUUCGUUGUAUUCGUGGCAUCACAAAUUUCAGACAGGUCACGUCUGCUAUAUCGACUGUUUCCCACCCAUUUAACUACGCGUGGGCUAUAACCAAUCAAUAAGCGGCCACUUUUAGAACAGAUUUAAUCCGUAUUCCACCCAAAAUUAAGGUAAAAAGGUUCUUAUAUUGGACCGUGAUCUAUGUUUAGCAUUGGGAGGGAAAACAAUGCCUCAAUAUUCUUGAAUGUUCGUAAUUUGGUGUUCCAAUAUUAACUGCCUUUAUAUUUAAAUGAUAUUAAGCUGUCGGAAUUAUAGAUAAGUGUCACGAAGUUAACACGGUUGAACUGUUCACAUUGACAGGAUUCUUUGGAGCUGCAAUAAUUACCGCGUUAAAAUAAAGUAUGAUUUAAUUUGUUUUGUGUUGUGGUAUUCAGUCAACAAAAUUUACAGACACACAAGAUAGGCAGACCUGAAGGCGACAAUUUGAAAAAUCUAAAAUAACACAUAUUCCGAAGAACUAAAACUUUUUGUGUUUUUCGCGACUUUCCACAUAUUUUCCUAACAUAUUACCAUCCCAAUGUCACAAGGAUUAAGAUAAGAGAUUUGUAUUGUACAAAGACAAGGAAUAAGGGUUGAAAACGUAGGUCGAGGAUGUUAAUAUGCAUCUCUUCAUCACAUAGGUAUAAAUAAUGCAGUUAUCAGCAAGAUGUUGGGCGAGGCAUGGAGAAAACUAAGUGAUAAGGAAAAGAAACCGUACGUGAAAGAGGCGAAGAGACUGACCGCUAAAUUACUGGAAGAUCACCCUGAUUAUAAAUACCGCCCAAGACGACGAAAAACCAAAACACCCGAAUCAAGAAAACCCACCAAUAAAACCGAAUUAGAUACCACAACUAAUAUCCCAUACUCCACUGCGGCCAUGCACCACACACCCUACUCCCAACCCGCACAGAUUAUCCACCCGCAAGGAUUUUGGCCAAAAUACGCAGGCAACUACUCAAAGAUUUCAUCAGAGAAUGACCCACCUACACCUACAUUCUGUCUCAGUCCGACAGAGGUUUGUAAUCCAGUAAGAACAGCGUUUCCAUUCAGAGCUUUACCCAGUUAUGGUUACUGUGUGUAUGAUCAAGAUAUGUUAACGUCACCUUACUAUGUCAACUGGUGUAACCCCAGGUCCGCCUGGCUACAGAAUCAAAUGUAAAUAUUCUAGGGGUAUUUUCGGGCGCUUUCCGUUUACAUGGCAAGACAGGUCAAAUUGUUGAAUGGAAAAAUAAAGGCCGAUUUACACUAGGCGACUUUUGCCUAAAACUGUCGCAUGCAACCUGCUUACAACUUGAGUUGUACUGUGUAAAUCAAACACACAACUUGUUACGAAACGUAGGUGAGUUAUGUGCUUGAUUUAAACAGUACAACUCCAGUUGUAAGCAAGUUGUCUAGUGGAAAUCGGCCCAAAGAAACGGACCAUUAGAGGGUGGGGAAAGAUCAGAAAAAUCCAUACAAGCAAAACCUUUUGGAAAAAAAUCUUUUGAAGAUGGCAGAGAAAAAUAUCACAACACAAAACAAACAUGCAUACCAAAUGAACUGUAAAAAAUCCAUGCAUGCCAGAAACCUCUCCUUCACUUUUGUAGUGAUCCGUUCCUAAACUUUUCAGUUGGGGAAUCAUAGUCUGAACAAGAAAUUUGCAUGGAAUGAGGGAUCCAUUUUAGCUAAAGUUCCGGAAUAACUUGAUCCAGAUCUUUCCAUUCACAGGGGAGAAAUUUCUGAUCAGACCGGGUUAAUUAUGUAAACGGAAAGUGUCGUUUGAUAAGGGGACAGACGUAUCUGGUAUACGUGAUGGAAGACAUGUAUACGUGAUGUAAAAAUCAAUUUGAUGGUACCUGGUAUACGUGAUGUAAAAUAUUUGAUGGUACCUGGUAUACGUGAUGUAAAAAUAUUUCUUGCACAAGAUCUAGCUAAGAUCUAACAUUAACCACAUUCAAGCUGGUAUUUUAUGCACCGUAGUUAGGUGUAACAUUUUAGUUUAGGUUUCCACUUAUUCCUUACUCUUAAGGAAGCUAUACUUCGUAGCGAAGGAAAACUACAGUCUUCUAUUGCGAGACUUUCUACAAAGCUUGUGAUAAUAUAACAUUCACUUGCACUAUUUACUAUUGUUUGCAAUAUGCACUAGUUUGGUUGCACUGAUAUAUACAUAAUAAAAUUGCUAUUAGUUUUAUAGUUCAUAAAUAAUAACUAGAUUGUACUUAGUUUAUAAAGCCCUGGUCAAAGGAGAAAGUUGGCAGUCAAUGCAACCAUGUUUAGCGGCUGUUCUCAAUGCUUUCCCAACACUAUCAUGUAUUCUAUUUAAGUUAAAAUGUAGUUGGAACACUCAUGAAAGCUUUAUUUUGUUAACCUAUGGCUUGAAAUGUCCCUGAAACAAUUCAGGACUGCCACAACUCUUGUUCUCGUUUGACUGGGGUUUAAGACCAGUUUUAAUAAUUUAAUCAUGAUAUAUUAUGGUGUAUAAGGCGGAUUUCGCUAAGCUUUACAGUACAACAUUCAGCUGAUGGUGGUCAACUAGCAAUUUUUCAAAGUGACACGAAAAUUGUUUUCGUAAAAUGUACAAACCUUCUAAUACACCCUUUCGAUAAUUACGACCUGGGAGCCUCGCUCUCAUGAAUCGUGAGCUAAUCACCUUGCGUAAUUUACUAAUGAGAGCGAGGCUCCAAGACCAAAAAGUAUGUGUGACGUAAUUAUCGAAAGGGUGUAUUCGAGGUAAAUUAAGUUGAUCCUUUCUGUGCUACCAUCUGCGGUAGUGUUACCCGUCACACGUAAUGUAAAUAUCAUGAGAUAUAAGUUAAAAGUAGUUGAAUAUGACGUAGAUGUAAUAAAGUUCUCCUAGGAGAACUGUACCCAAACACUUCGAAACGAAGAGACUAAAACUUUGAAACGAGUUAGCACCAGUUAAUGUAGUUAGCACAUUAGGAAUUCAAUUUUGUACAUAAGCACUUUUAAUUAGUUCUAAUUGAAUAAUUAAAUUAAUUUAAUGUCAAAGCUUUGUGUGCGUGUUAAAAGACUAAGUCUGUGUUGAACAAAGGACUAAUCAUUAGUCAGAUUCUUUUGAGGUUGACCCUCUUUCUACAAUUCUGCAAAAUGAAGCCAAUUGCAAACUUUUCAUUUUAUAUGGUAUUUUCAAAAUCAAGCCACGCAAGUUUUAGCAUUUUAUUAUUAAACUUGUGCAUUUACACCAUUUAGGAAAAGUGAAACAUUCAAAUAUGUGGGUGGGUGUAAGAGUAAUAUCUAGGAUACAAUAUUUCCAAUGGUAAUAUAUACAUUAUGAAUGAUAAUAGUAUUUAUAUUCAUAUGAUAAUUGAGAACAAUGUCAAUGAUUCUUAAAUAAAAUAAUUUCAUCAUGUAUACUAAUUAUACACUCUACAAUAAAUGCUAUUGCAUUAUCUGUUAAAAUUAAUGUGUUUCUCACACACUGCCAAGGCACUGGGUCAAGGUGGGCUAAGAGUAUAUAGUAUGGCAAUAAUAAUUGCAAUACCAUUGGCAAUGAAACCAAUCUGUUACAAAUAAACAUAUUAUAUCCACUAUUAUCUACAUCAAAUCUCUGGUGUCCAAGACUAAAGCUGUUAAACUACAGUAAAAAAAUUACAGAAAAAACUGAAAAUACACAACAGCAGUAUGCAUGCCAGGAAACAGAACACUUGUUACAACCAUAGAUAUCUUAUAUACACUAGAUAGCGCGUCUCUUUUAGUAAAAUUGAAGCCAAGAAUACUCCAGCAGUUACCCCCAUUUGAAUAGAUGGGGCCAUGUUGGUCGUUCGCACUUGCUAAUAAACGCUUAAAAACAACAGUAACUUUCAUCAUUUGAAUAGUUUAAAAACGUAUUUGGAAUAGGGUUAACUUAAUGUUUAUGUUCCGUGUUUAAGAAAUAGAAAACAUACGAAUCUUCUCAUUUCAUGGGAACGACCUGAGACUGCAAUCACAGCUUCAAUUUUUGAAUUGCAGAAUAAUUAGAUGCACUAUCUAGUGUAUAUAAGAUAUCUAUGGUUACAACUUGUCAAAUGCUUCCUUUAUAAAUUCCUUAUAAACUCUAUCCAUGUAGCCACGCCCAACAGGAAGGAGUCCUUCAAGAAACCCAACAUGGCCACCAGUAUGUGUAAGCAACAAUGCAACAUUGUCACAAUUUUUAAUUCUCUGUGCUGGAAUUUGUUCAGGAGGUGAAAACGGGUCGUCAUCAGCACUGAGACAAAGCAAUGGUGUCUUGAUACAUUCAAAAGGUUUUUCCACAAUUGAAGAAGCAUGGUAGUAAUGAUCCACAUUUUUGUAUCCGAACAUUGGUGCUAUAACCGCGGCGUCAAACUGCCGGAUUGUAUUUGCCCUUGCCGCAUCCUUAGCGUGCUCCUCGGGUACAUAAAUUCCCUUCGACAUUAAAGCAUUUCUGUUUGUCACAAACAAUCUUUGUAGUUUUCUUGUCAAAAAUCGAUUAAACAGGAAGCAAGGAACAGGUUUUUCCAGUGAGUCUGCAGCCUUAAAUGAAUCGUACGGUAUAGAGAUGACAAAUGCAGCAUGCAAGCCAGAAUUCUCAUUUGAUAAACUCAUUCUUACUAAAUAAUUUGUAGUAAUCAUUCCCCCCAGAGAAAUACCAACCGCACAGAUACGACUCUUGGGGUAUCGCUGGUGAAUAUGUUUAACAACCAACUCUAAAUCAUCACUGUUAGCCGCACAGGAGAAUUGGUAGGUCACCGGCACACAGGUUAUCCCACGAUGGUUCAACACAACCACACGGUAACCCAAACAUAUAGCCGCUUCUGCAAAUUGUAGAACAUAACCAGACUGUGAACUUCCUGUUAGUCCUGGGACUAUCAACACAAUAUUCUCCGAUUCAUUUUCAAUAUUUUGUGAUUCAUUUUCAAACUUUGAUCCCUGUAUAUUAUCUUCGGCUUGCUGUUGUCUAUCACUAUCUUUCUUGAUAUCAGUCUGGACAGUCCCUGUUUCCUCCGUUGGCUCCUUAUCACCGCAAGAAGUCCAGUCAAGUCUAACUAUACCGCCAUCUGGCGUCUCUAUAUCCUCAGCUGUGUACUUAACUAUCGGACGGCUUCUUAGGAGAUCUCCAAAAAUCGUUUGAAGGUUUCCUCCAAACGUCCAAAUCGUCGGAUGAUAGCUGCCAACUUUGAUAGAUAAACCUUCAAGUACCUUACGUAACUUUCCUCUACCGCCUAUGAUCAGAGGAUUUCUGGUCCCCAAAGCAAAAUAAUGAGAGAUAAGAAUGACCACAUUGCAAGUUAUACAAACUGGGAGAAGUAUUUUCCAUGUGGCAGUCAACAUUGCUGAGAGAUGAGAGGAAGACGACAACAUAAAACGAAUUAAAAUAUCAGCCAUCAUGCUCAAUUUAUAAUCAGAUAUGCAUUAGUCAAGUGUCGCAAUUUGACAUUUCCCGAUUUCUAAAUUAUGUGUUUCCACUAUAAACCCUGCGUUCCUAACUUCUUAUUCGUCGAUAAUAGAAAUGAAUCUCUGGGAACAUCAUUUAUCAAUUGGAAAAGAUUAUAGAAAUUAUAUUGCGAUUUUUUUAUUGAGUUUUGAUUUCCUUAAAAAUUCCCGAAAUUUCAGGGCCGGAUUUGGUCUCAUGUGUUAGAAGGGGUGGAGGUUUUCCAGAGGGGGGUGCAUUGCUAUAUGGC